UCCAGUAGAAGCAGAGCUUUUGUCUUAGCACCGAAAGUUGCAAACUUUAUCGUGGAUGUUCUCUACUAAAUCCAUCCAUUUUCUACCGCUUAUUCCCUUUUUUUGGGGUCGCGGGGGGCGCUGGCACCUAUCUCAGCUACAAUCGGGCGGAAGGCGGGGUACACCCUGGACAAGUCGCCACCUCAUCGCAGGGCCAACACAGAUAGACGGACAACAUUCACACUCACAUUCACACACGAGGGCCAGUUUAGUGUUGCCAAUCAACCUAUCCCCAGGUGCAUGUCUUUGGAAGUGGGAGGAAGCCGGAGUACCCGGAGGGAACCCACGCAUUCACGGGGAGAACAUGCAAACUCCACACAGAAAGAUCCUUUCAGCAAAAAUAUGGCAAUAUCGCGAAAUGAUCAAGUAUGACAUAGAAUGGACCUGCUAUCCCUGUUUAAAUAAGAACAUCUCAUUUCAGUAACCCUUUAAUUAAAAUGUAAUAUUGCAAAUUCAAUUGGAGCAUAGUGUGUAUUUUGUAGUAACGGUUGACAUCCCAUUGUAUAACGGGGUAAAGUGUUGAAGCUAGUGAAAUACUGUAUAUUAAAUGACUAUUGAUUAUUAUUAAGGCAGUUCUUUAACUUUAGGCUCCGCCCCUAAUAUCUGCGAUGUAGGCGAUUAUUUGCAAAGAGGCGACGCCCUCUUUUCUUUUUGCAAGGGAUCCAAAAGCUCACCCCUCCUCCCACAACACACACACACACACACCUACCUCCUCCUCUCUGAUCUGAGCGACCCCCACUCGUGGUGGGUUCUUGUUCCCAUUAAGUGCUCCGCACUUCGUGCGACGACGCGCGGCUGAGGCGCACCGCCACUCGGGAAAGCAGCCGGCGAGGAUGCGUUGCAGCAGGAGCUGAUCCUUCUUCACUUCGUCCCCCAGUCUCUCUUUUAUCCUUCCUGGAAGCAAACAUGCGGGACUUUAGUCACAGUCUGCUCCUUUGCGCGCUCCUGAGCUCCGUUUACGCGGCAUCGGCGUCCUCCUGUCCUCCGGGCUGCGAGUGCUCCGAGGCGGCGCACACGGUGAAGUGUGUGGCCAAAGACCUGCGGAGCGUCCCGGUUGGGAUCCCCGUAUACACUCGGAACCUCUUCAUAACGGGGAACCAGAUCACGCGGAUUGGUCCGCAGUCCUUUAAAGGCUUGGAUAACGUGACCAACCUUUCUCUCAGUAACAACAGGAUCUCGGAGAUGGAGUCGGGCACCUUCUCUGGUCUCCAAAGUCUGCGCUCUCUGGACCUGAGCAACAACCAGCUGGCGGUGAUCCACCCAGAAGCCUUCGCCGAGGUCAACAAAUCCCUACGCGAGCUCAACCUGAGCAGAGCCCUGUACAACCACUCCUCUGUGAUGGAUCUGGCCACGGCGCUGCGCUGGAGCUUGCUGGGGACGCUACGCGGUCUGGACCUGUCCCACAACAGCCUCAUCUAUCUGCCCCCCCACAUCUUCUCCCACCUGAGCGGCCUGCGGCGCCUGCUGCUGGCCAACAACUCCCUGGUGGCCAUCCACAACGCCACGCUGGCUGGACUGGAGGAGCUGCAGGAGCUGGAUUUGACCCUCAACUCGCUGAAAUAUGUGCCCGGGGAGGGGUUGCGGGAGCUGGACUCGCUUCCUGAGGCGGAGCUUCUUCUCGGGGAGAACCCCUUCACGUGUACGUGCGGGAUAGAACCAUUCGUCCAGUGGCUCAACCGCUCCCAGGGUCGCAUUAGAGACGCCAGCGAGCUGGUGUGCGCCUUUCCCGUCGCCAUGCGGAACACCUCCAUGCUCUCCUUAGGCGCGUUUGGCACUCUGGGGUGCCGCCAGAGGGGAGCAGGGGCAGACUUAGCCCUGCAGACAUCCUACGUCUUCUUGGGGAUCGUGCUGGGCUUUGUGGGCCUCAUUUUCCUCUUUGUGCUUUAUCUGAACCGCAGGGGCAUCAAGAAGCGCAUCUAUGACAUGCGCGACGCCUGCAGGGAGGUGUGGGAAGGUUACCAUUACCGCUUCGAGAUCGACUCGGACCCUAGGUUGUCCCGAGUGUCCUCAAGCGCAGACUUGUAAAGACUGAACAUUUUGGCAAGGAAACCUGUAAAAAAACAAAACACAUGUACAGAUUUGUCUGUAAAUAAUUGUGUUACUAUGACAGUAUUGUUGGCUGGCUUGGCAAAAGUCUGCAGUGCUCGACUUCCACUGUUACAUAACUUUAAUGUACGACUUUAUGAGCGGAGCUCACAGUUUCCUGUCUUCCUCACAGGACCGACAGCAAGUGCCUCAAGUCAUGUUACUCAAAUAAGCAGAACGAUCCAUCACCUGCAUCAUCCAAUCACAUCCGAUACAAGAGCUGUAUCAAUGAUAGUACAACAGCACUGCAAAAAGUCAGUGUUCAAAAACAAGAAAAAAUACAAUUAGGGGUAUUUUACUUGAACUAAGCAAAAUUAUCUGCCAAUAGAACAAGAAAAUUCGGCUUGUCAAGACUUUCCCAAACAAGUCAAAUUAGCUAACCUCAAUGAACACAAAAAUACCUUAAAAUAAGUAUAUCCUCACUAAAAAGUGCACUUUUCUUGGUAAAAAAAAAAAAAGAAGACAUUUUUCCUCUAUAUGUUGAAAAGUAUUCUUAAAUUAAGUAAAUGCUAGUUCCAUUAUCUUGACAUAAUGAUAUGCGCUCAGCAUCAUGAUUUUUUUUCCAAGCUUGAAGUCAGAAAUUAUUACUUUAAAAAAGUAGUUUUAUACUUCUGAGUGUUAAUGACACAGCUUUGCAUCAGUUGGUGUUCUAGUUUCAAGCAUGUUUUAAUAAUAAUAAUAAUAAUAAUGGAUUAGAUUUAAAUCGCGCUUUUCUAUUGUUAGAUACUCAAAGCGCUCACAGAGAAGUGGGAACCCAUCAUUCAUUCCCACUUGGUGGUGGUAAGCUACAUCUGUAGCCACAGCUGCCCUGGGGUAGACUGACGUAAGCUUGGCUGCCAGUUUGCGCCUACGGCCCCUGCGACCACCACCAAUCAUUCAUUCACCAGUGUGAGCAGCACUGGGGGCAAGGGUGAAGUGUCCUGCCCAAGGACACAACGGCAGCAAUUUGGAUGUCAAUUAGGUGGGAAGCAAACCUGCAACCCUCAGGUUUCUGGCACGGCCACUCUACCCACUACGCCAUGCCGCCCCUUAAUAAAUAUAGGUCAUAAAAUCUCAGCUACAAGUUGUAAUAACUUACUGAGACCAUUUAGGACCAAAACACUUAAAACAAGUAAAACACUAACUUAAAAUCUGCUUAGUGAGAAAAAUGAUCUUAUCAGACAGAAAAUAAGCAAAUAUCACAAUUAUUUGAGAUGUUUAAUCUUACUUAGAUUUCAGUUUUUGCAGUGAGAGAGUUGUACUAUCUGUUGUUUCGGCAAUGUUAUUUGUUUAAUUUGAUCAAAUAUCCAAAGUUAUCUUUAAUCACACUUUCCUUAAUAUGUUCUGCCAUAUAAAAUGAUACAAAAUACUAAACAAAAAUAAUUCUACAACCUUCCGUACAUGCUUCAAUUAUAGCGUUUAUUUACUUAGGGCGUUAAAUAGACUUAUCUGUCACAAUAACAUUUGGAGUGCAUGAGGAAGUGGAAAGUAAUAACUCUACAAUACCAUUUAAAAGGUGACGAUGUGGUAAUUUUCAUUUUAAAAAACUUCCAAAAUGUUCCAUUCUGAAGGCCUUCCCAGAUUGCAAAUGAAACCACACCCCACCCUCUAUAAAACCAUAAUCAUUUAUAUUUAAGAAUGUACACAAAUAUAUAUCCGCCAGUCAAAAAUAAACUUCAUAAAUAUAUAGACCAGGGGUAGGGAAGCUAUGGCUCUGGAGCCAAAUGUGGCUCUUUUGAUGACUCCAUCUGGCUCUCAGAUAAAUCUUAGCUGACAUUGCUUAACACGUUGAGUAAUGAAUAAUUCCGCUGGUAAUCACAGUGUUGAAAAUAAAGUCCAAAUUAUAAAACAUUCUCAUGCAUUUUAAUCCAACCAUUCGUUUUCUUUUGCACCUGUUCAAGAUGUCGCAACAAUGGUAAGAAGUAUUAUACUUAUUAUUGGUUAACUUUAGAAUAACAAAGUUAUUAAAAAGAAUAAGAGAUUUAAAAUACUCUGAAAAUGUUGGUCUUACUUAAAAAUGUACACAUUUAGUUGUAUUCAGUGUUAAAAAAUAUUAUAUGGCUCUCACGGAAAUACAUUUUGAAAUAUCUGGCUUUCAUGGCUCUCUCAGCCCAAAAGGUUCCCAACCCCGGAUAUUGACUCACCCGGUCGCAACAUCAGGUACACCUGUACAUGCUUUUACAGGGUCUCUGUCAAAUUUAAGACUUAUAAGACUUUUUUUAAGGCCAUCUUGAAAAUAAUUUAAGGACAUUUCACAUCCAUACGUACAAAAAAUACAAAGAAAAUCAGAGGUCCGGAAUAAAUGUUAAGUACAUGAGUACAUUGACUGCUCUUUCACAUUGGAAAACAAGAUGGUUAAAUUAACUAAAUACACGAGGAGCUUCUCUAGUGUAAACUAAUUCCCAAAAAUAUUAGCAAACAUCGUAAGAGCCAAUUUUCAGAUUUGCCAUAGAAGUGUUUUCUUGCAGAAGGUGCAGUGUCCUUCAUAUCAAGUGUUUUAAUGUAACUUUAAAGGCCUACUGAAAUUAGAUUUUCUUAUUUAAACGGGGAUAGCUGCUUCAUUCUAUGUGUCAUACUUGAUCAUUUCGCGAUAUUGCCAUAUUUUUUGCUGAAAGGAUUUAGUAGAGAACAUCGACGAUAAAGUUCGCAACUUUUGGUGCUGAUAAAAAAGCUUUGCCUUUACCGGAAGUCGCAGACGAUGACGUCACAAGGGUGAGGGCUCCUCACGUCCUCACAUUGUUUUUAAUGGGAGCCUCCAGCAGCAAGAGCUAUUCGGACCGAGAAAACGACAAUUUCCCCAUUAAUUUGAGCGAGGAUAAAAGAUUUGUGGAUGAUGAUAUUGAUAGUGAAGGACUAGAAGAAAAAAUAAUAAUAAAACAAAAUAAAAAGCGACGGCUCCGGGCGGCGGCAGUGUGAGCGUUUCAGAUGUAAUUAGACACAUUUACUAGGAUAAUUCUGGAAGAUCCCUUAUUUGCCUAUUGUUUUAAUAGUGUUUUAGUGAGAUUGUAAAGACAUACCUAGAGGUCGGAUGGCUGUGGUGAACACGCAGUGUCUCAGAGAGAAGCCAAGCGCACAGCUGCCUUUUAAACAGCUACUGCAGGAGGACAAAUAAUCCAAUAAUGUCUCCGGUAAGAUAUAUAUCACAAUUUUCCCAUCCAAAAACAUGCUGGUUGACGUAGAGAAAACAUGUUCGCUUGACCGCUCCGUGUUAAAAACAAAGAAACACCGGAUGUGUCUCGGUACUAAAGACAGCUGCAAUACACCGCUUUCCACCAACAGCAUUGUUCUUUAGUCUCCAUUAUUAAUUGAACAAAUUGCAAAAGAUUCAGCAACACAGAUGCCCAAAUUACUGUGUAAUUAUGCGAUGAAAAGAGACGACUUUUAGCCGUAACUGGUGCUGAGCUAAUAUUUCCUGACAGUACGUGAAGUCACGCGCACGCGUCAUCAUUCCGCGACGUUUUCAACAAGAAACUCGCGGGAAAUUUAAAAUUGCAAUUUAGUACACUAACCGGCCGUAUUGGCAUGUGUUGCAAUGUUAAUAUUUCAUCAUCGAUAUAUAAACUAUCAGACUGCGUGGUUGUUAGUAGUGGGUUUUAGUAGGCCUUUAACAUCAGCAACAAUAUAUUGUCUGUGAAAGGGACAGUUAGCAUCUCUGCUAAAGCUAAAUGGUUACCUUUGGUAAGGUUUUUUGGGCUGUCAGAAUUGAGCACACCGAUUAAAAACAUCUACAGUACUACUGUAUCUGCACAAAGUUGUGAAAAACAGUCUGUGCAGACAGAGUGAUAGUGUAAAAAGACGGAAGGCGACUGUGGCUUGGAAGCCUCAAACAGAAUUUGGAUUCAAAUAAUGUGGAUAACAUUCAAAUGUGCUCAGAUCAUUUUGUAUAUGGUGUGACUUUUUUGAAAACAUAUUGCUAAUACACAAGAAUUAGUUUUUACGUAGGCAUGACAAGAUGAAUUCCACAAAUCUCAAUUGCUUUCCUCACCCCACAAUAAGAUGAGUGUGAACACUAAACUGUUUUCAUGUCGCUUGCUGUAUAAACUUGGAGAAAAGAUUAGGCAUGAGAAGCUGACCUGAAAUUAUAGGAACAAAUAAUAGAAACAA